AUGACCAAUCAUACAGCUAAGAGGGAUAGGGGCACGGACGCGAUCAUCGAGCACAACACCAGCGGCAGCCGCACACAGGUCGCCGCCGGUAGAAGCGGCAGCAGCGCCACCAGCGACAUCGACAGCAGGGUCUCGGACGCGAUGGAGGUGACCGUGGCCUUGGAGGACGCGGUCAGGGGCGUCUCCGCCGACAUGGACACGACCACGGACGCGAUGGUGGCGGGGGACUCGGGAAGCAAGCAUAACGGCGGCCGCAGCGCCGUGUCUUUGGGCGUGACCGUUGUCGUGCUGGAGGUGUUCGUGGGUGCCUCCACCGGCACGGAGGUUGGCAAGAAUGUGACCGGUGACCAGACAGCAGGUGCCAGCAGUACCGUCAGCGGCAUCAACAGCAUGACGUCCUUUGUAGAGAUCGUGUCCGUACUGGAGGUGAUCGGUGGCAACUCCGGCAGCGGCCGUGGCAGCGCCGUCAGCAGCAUGACCUCAGACGUGGUGGUGGCGAACGUGGCCGUGCUGGAUGUGGCCUGA